AUGGGAAAUAGAAAAAUAAAGUUACAGACCUUUUUAAAAGCUCAUAAAACAGAUUACAAGAAUUCAGGUGAAGAAUCCAAACUAAACAAUUAUGUACUGCGUUUGCUUUAUGAUAAGAAUCAGCUGAAGAAGAAUGAGAAAGGAGAUGUUUCAGUUCUUAUAAAGAAGAUUGAAGAGAUCGAGAGCAAUUCAAGAUCCAAAAUUGAAACCUUAAUGGCACAUUCUAACUGCCUUCAACUCAAGAUGAACAAAAUGACUUCAAACUACAUCAAAGCUUCAAGCCUAUUAAACAACCCAAACAUCCAAUCCAACUCCAACACCAACACCAACACCAACACCAACGAGAGUAUGAUACUAGAACUGGCUGCAUUAAGAACAGAAAACAAUCAUCCACACAAUAUAAUAUUCGAAAUGAAGAAAGAUAAUAGGAAAACUGUGAGUCAUCAAAACAACAUCAUAAAAAAGUUAAGCGACGAGAACAAGGAAGUGAAACAACUAGCGGAGAAGAAGAUCAAUGAGACAACUGGAGAGUUACGUAAGAAUUUAGAAGAUCAAAUCCGAAUGAUGAGUAGGAGCAUAAAGGUAGCAAAACAACUUCAUAUUGAGAACAAGGAAGUCUACAUGAAAAUAAGAGACAAGUACUCGAAAGAGAAGACUGACAUGAUAAUUAUUGAGGACAUGAUGAAGGAACUCAACAGGGUGGGAGUUAAGAUCAAGGAAUUCAGCGAUGAUAUUAAGAAGAUGGUUUCAACGUUUUCUUGUUGGGAUGUGUUUGCGAAGGAAUGGGCUAGGAAGAAAGGAAUGGAGGAGAAAGAAUGGGAAGAAGAGAUAAUGGAAUUAAGGGAGAAGGUGAAGGAAAUGGAGAAGGUUGUGAUUGAGAAAGAAGAAGAGAUUUCUAUGAUUGGGGAGGAGAAGAAGGAGGCUAUUAGACAAUUAUGUGUUUGGAUUGAUUAUCAUCGAAACACUAGGAGGGGUUACUUGAAGGAAAUUGUCUCAAGAAAUCGUCGAAACUUCAGGAUUUUGCGAAUUAGGAAGAGCUCAAGUAUGAUGUAG